CGCCCCGGAGUCAUAACCACGGGAGCACAAUGCCAGACACCGCGACGCCUUUUUAUCGGCCAUUCUUCCCGGAGCGAGUAAUUCCCUCACCGGUGGAGAUCGAACGCAACCGACGACUCCUUUCUUCCUAUCGCGGGGUCGCCGAAGUCGACUUCUCCUCGAUCCACGCUCAUACGUAACACACCGUCAAGGAAUAACUCCGAUUUGGCGAUCGCGCCAUUUCCUGCUCUUAAUAUAGCGCCUAUCUCCGUGUUUUGUCGCUCCUCUCUCUCCCAGAUCGUGGGACCACCGGCCUCGAUGAUAACGCGUCCGCUUUCGCCGGGCUGCGAUAAGCCGUCGUCGAAAUCACGAGAAAUUGGCGAUGAAUCAAAUGAAUUAAAUGUGUGAUAUGAAUUACAUGAAUUAAGUCAAAUGCGUUUAUCAUUUGAAUGACACGAUUUGCAUGUAUUAUUUGAAUAUCAUGAAUUACGGGGAAUAAGUCAAUAAAACGAAUGAAAUAAAUUAACCAAGUUCAUAGAACCGAUCCUAACCCCCGGGGCGUUCUCUCCUCCAGUACCAGUCGUCGGUACCGAGAUCGGCCGCGGGGGGCGGGGCAGUCGGGCGGCCGGGGGUAGUAGUAGGUGAACCGGACGGUCGGCAGGACCGGGUCGUUGGAGUUCGGGGAGUAUUUAAGGGGGGGUCCACCGGCUCGACGAGCCAGUUCUCCGGCCGCACGGCCUUCGAGGUGUCGUUCGCUCUCGGCGCUCCUCGGCCGACGUCUGCCGACCGUCGACGAUCCGCGCGGGCCGCGAGUCCCGCGAGUCGCGAGCGCGCCUUCCAUUGGUCGAGGCCCGGCGUCACGUGACCCGCGGAUCGACCAAUCGCGAGGGAGCCCGGCGAGGCCUCAGGUAACUUCGAGCCCCGAGGGUGCCAGGGCCGCAUUCGCGGUUUGAACUUCCCGCGAGACGCGCGCCGCUCCUUUCCUCGGAGAGGUCUCUUCCUCUCGAUUUUUCGCCGGUAUUUCGUUUCAUUCCAACGCAUUUCGCAAUAUUUUCGCAUUAUUUAAAUUUCCACUCGAAGGGCUCUUCUCGAUCUUUCGCCGGUAUUUCAACGGUUUGAAUUUCCUGCGAGGACCACGUUACUUGGAUUUCCUUUCGAGGGGCUUUUUUUUUCUUGGUCCCUUGUCAGUGUUUUUCGCGUUACUUGGAUUUCUUCUCAAAGGACUCUUCUCGACCUUUCACCGGGAUUUCGGCGGUUUAAAUUUCCCGCGAGAUCCGCGAUACUUGAAUGUCAUCUAGGACUCUUUUUCUCGGUUUCUUGCUGGUGGCUCGGGGUGGUUCGGUGGUAGGAUGGCGCUCGGACUGCGGACACUCGGGGGAAAAUCGCCCUCGAGAGGGACCGAUUGUUCCUGCCUGUCACGUGGAUGGCUGUGCUUUAAGGGUCGGAUUUGAGUCCGCAGUCUGAGCACCCAAUGCACCGUGAACGCUCCACGAUUCUCGCCGAUAUGUCCGCGGUUUGUUACUCCACUUGGGCGUCGCUCUCCUUUGCGUAAGUUGCCGCCGAAAGACCCGCGAAAGAGGAAGAUCUGACUAUUUCAAUCCAGUGGUUAAUUCCCACCAAGCCCUUCGAGUGCUCGUUACGUUCUACGUAGAAUUCCCCACUAUUACAUCUCUUAUUCUCUCCCUUUCGGGAAGCGCUUACUCGUUACAAUGUUCCAGUUCGUGGAGGAAUAGCGACGGUAUUAAUCGGUACCGGUAAUAAUCGCAUAUACGCUCGGUAUCCGGUGUGGCGCAAAUAAGACCAAUUUCAUUGUUGAAUCCUAUUCCCCGAACCGCGAUUUUUCACGGCUUCUAAUAUUCGGAGUGCAAAGAUCAACAGCUCUGUCGUUAACGAAAUCGCGACGAUAUUAAUCGCACGAUUCGCCGCCUCCCUUGAAUCGAACCUUCCUGGAACGAUAACUCCCUCGGCAUUAACUAUAAAGAUAAAACGUUACCGAGAAAAAUAACUCGAUACUUAAUAACGAAAGUUCGGUGUCGGGUGGGGCACUGAUAAGACCGAUUUUUUUAUUAAAUGCCCGGCCGAUCGAUCCAUUCCCUGAAUCGCGAUUUCUCACGGUUUCUAAUACUCGGAGCGCAAACAUCACCAACUCCGCUGUUUAUCAAAAUCGCGACAAUUUAUAGUGGAGAACUAUUGCUACGAUUAAUAGUGAAGAACCAUCGCUGCGAUUUAUAGUGGAGAACUAUCGCGACGGUUGCGCCAGUUGGAGGAGAAAAGACGUGAAAAAAGAGAAAAUAAAGGGAAUGGAGGAAAAUCGAGAGUAACGAGAAUGACGGUGUUGCAGAUGUUUCCUGCCGGUGGUGUUGGAAGGCGGGGGUGAAAAUCGGAAAUCGGUGAAGAUCGUGGGAAAAAGAGGCGAGCCCUUCGGAAUCGUUGGCCCGAUGCUGCUGGCAUUGGCGCUGAUUCUGGUGGCUUCCCUCGCCGGGGCUCUCCGGCAAGAAAGACCUUUCUUCGGCGCCUCCAAUUCCACCGAUUACGGAUCUUCCGGCGGCGGGACGUCGAUAAGGGUCCUGUCGGUAACCAGAGUUCCGCGGGACGGAGAACUGGAGCGUGUCAUCGAAUUGGAGGGGCUCUGUGCGAAGGAGACAGUCGUCGACUGGGGGGAAACCGAGAUCACCUUGAGGGAGGUCUGGUUGGAGGGGAGGCGAGAGAAACUGCAGUUCAUCUAUCAGGACGGCAUCGCGUCGGAUUGCGUCUUCGGCGCGUUCUCCGGGUCCGAGGAGGACGCGUGCCCCGCCAUUUUCCAAGAUGGCGGCCGGGGGAGCGUCCACGCUCGGGUCGAAAUUUCGGAGCGGGGAAACCCGCGGUCGGCCGCCGAGCUCUCCUGGCUCUCGCCGCCGGCGGAACUGCGUCAUCGAUGCGACCACGUGAGGUCACGUGCGCGCAAUCUAGUUACCCAGCAGCAUCGUCACAGGGACCAUCGGAGGCUGGUUGGCGAUCAUCGGGGAUCUAGAAGAAGGCGACAGGGUCGCAGUCGGCGGCGGAGGGAACUUCUUUUGAUCCCUGGGACCCAGUGGUGUGGCCGAGGACAUCGGGCAACGAAAUACACGAAUCUCGGCGGUUUCGGCACGGCCGAUGCUUGCUGUCGUCGACAUGACACCGCCUGUCCUUUCUACAUUCCUGCCUUCGAGACGCGUUAUGGCCUCUUCAAUUGGGGCAUCUCGACGAUCAUGCACUGCGCCUGCGACGAGCGGUUUAGGACGUGCCUGAAGAUGGCUGGCACCUCUUCGGCCAACUUCAUCGGGAAGAUCUUCUUCAACGUCGUUCAGACCAAGUGCUUCGUCUUGAAGCCGCAGAAGGUAUGCGCGAGGAGAACCUGGUGGGGAUCCUGCGAAAAGCAUGAGUAUCGCAAGCAAGCUCAUCUUCGAGAUAACGUAGCUUAUUAAUUGAUAAAUAUAUGUUUAGACUGCCGAGAGGGCUCGAGAGCACUGCGGGAAUAGCGCUGCAAAAUGAUCGAUUCAAGUACUUAUUAUGUAAUGAGAAUUAAAGUAGGACGUACGUAGCGUCGAGGACAUUAUUCGACAAUACUGGAGCAAUAUUGCGAUUAACCGAUUACGAUAUCCGACAAUGCCCACGAGUGGUUAUCUCGGCGUUGCGCCACGAAUUAGCAUGUACGCGUGUUAUUCAGGGUAACAACCAUUCGGUGUGACAAUUCUCUAAUGCGUCUCGUCUGAUGGCAUUGGACUUCAUCAUUGAUUUAAUGUUAAGCGAAAAGGAAAAAGGUAGUCCUAUUCAGCCUGCGAGGCGUGAAUAUUGUGAUCGUACUUUCCAGUGAACAUCUAUGAGUUUAGACUCGAAUUAAUUAAUUUAUAUAUAUAUAUGUCUUAUAAAAUUUAUACGAUAUCGAACAUUUUAUAAUUGCCAAUUGUAAUGUUCGUGGAGGGCUCAGUUGUAUGAGCCCUUCUCAUGAAUCUUACGUACAGUCGAUAAUUGUUUGUUACCAAAGAAUUACAUGGAAUUAAGGUACCAAGUAUUUAAA